AAACCGCUCCGUCAACAGCCGCCAUGGAGGACCUCGGCAUCCAGAUCGACCGCGAGGACCCGACCUUCACCUCGACGGUGCAGGAAAAGGCGUCGCUCCUGUCGACGCUCCCGACCAACGAGGACCUGUUCCUCAAGCUCGCCAAACUCGAGGCCCACCUCGAGCUGCUCGCGCUCCAGGAGGACUACAUCAAGGACGAGUCGCGCAACCUCAAGCGCGAGCUCUUGCGCGCCCAGGAGGAGGUCAAGCGCAUCCAGUCGGUCCCGCUCGUCAUUGGCCAGUUCCUCGAGCCGAUCGACACCAACACGGCCAUUGUCGGCUCGACGACGGGCAGCAACUAUGUCGUGCGCAUCCUGAGCACCAUCGACCGCGAGCUCCUCAAGCCGAGCUCGAGCGUCGCCUUGCACCGCCACUCGAACGCGCUCGUCGACGUCCUCCCGCCCGAGGCCGACUCGAGCAUCAGCAUGCUGGGCGCCGACGAGCGGCCAGACGUCAAGUACUCGGACAUUGGCGGCAUGGACAUCCAGAAGCAGGAGAUCCGCGAGGCCGUCGAGCUCCCCCUCACCCAGUUUGACCUGUACCGCCAGAUCGGCAUCGACCCGCCUCGUGGCGUCCUCCUCUACGGCCCGCCAGGCACGGGCAAGACGAUGCUCGUCAAGGCGGUCGCGCACCACACGACGGCGUCGUUCAUCCGCGUCAACGGGUCCGAGUUUGUCCAGAAGUACCUCGGCGAGGGCCCGCGCAUGGUGCGCGACGUGUUCCGCAUGGCGAGGGAGAAUGCCCCCGCCAUCAUCUUUAUUGACGAGGUCGACGCGAUCGCGACCAAGCGCUUUGACGCCCAGACGGGCGCCGACCGCGAGGUGCAGCGCAUCCUGAUCGAGCUCCUGACCCAGAUGGACGGCUUCGACCAGGGCUCGAACGUCAAGGUCAUCAUGGCGACCAACCGCGCCGACACGCUCGACCCGGCCCUGCUCCGUCCCGGUCGCCUCGACCGCAAGAUCGAGUUCCCGAACCCGAGCAGGCGCGAGAAGCGGCUCAUCUUCCAGACCAUCACGGGCAAGAUGAGCAUCGGCGCAGACGUCGACCUCGAGGACUACGUCCAGCGUCCGGAGAAGAUCUCGUCGGCCGAGAUCUCGGCCAUCUGCCAAGCUGCCGGCCUCCAGGCCGUGCGCAAGAACCGGUACGUCGUCCUCCCCGCCGACUUUGAGGAGGCGUGGAAGCAGGUCGUCAAGCGGUCCGACGACCGGCCCGAGUUCUGUGCGUCGCCCGCUCCCCCUCUCUCUCUCUCUCCCUCUUCUUCCUCUCUAUCUCUCGUCCACUCGACGUGCACGAUCACUGACUCUCUCGCCUCGCCUCGCCUCGCCGACUCGCAGACCGGUAGUGCGUCCGAAGAGGGAGGAACGAGCCCGAGCAGGACGAGAAUUGCAAAGCAGUGCUUUCCUG